CGGGCCAGCGAGCCUGGGAGCGGAAGCCGCGGGGGGCGGGCGCGGGCCCGGCUUUCAGGAGCUGCAUUCUGCUCUGGGCCACCAAGUGCGGUGACAGCGGCAGCGGCAGGCACGAGAGCCUCUGCGCACUUGGUGAGAGCCACGCGUCUGCUGGGGACGAGGAGAGCAUCCUGCCGGGCCCUGGGCCUCCUCCUGCGACCCAGUUCCCUGCUCGGCUGCCCGCAGUCCCCCGCUGCGCCACGCCUGCAGCCUGACAUCCUGAGCCAGGCCUUGCCGGGUGGUCCGCGGGACUGCACAGGGCUUCGGCAGCUGGCCCACGUAGCAGACCGGCUCGGUGCGAGUGCGGCCGGAGGGAGGCCUGGCUCGGCUGCUUCCGUGGGCAGUGCUGUCCGGCAAGGAAAGGCAGAACUCUAUUUUAAGAAACUAUCAAAACGAAAAGAUCAAGUCAUGGAGAAGAAUGGGAAUAACCGAAAGCUUCGGGUUUGUGUUGCUACUUGCAACCGAGCGGAUUAUUCUAAACUUGCCCCAAUCAUGUUUGGCAUUAAAACGGAACCUGAGUUCUUUGAACUUGAUGUGGUGGUACUUGGCUCCCACCUAAUAGAUGACUAUGGAAACACGUAUCGCAUGAUCGAGCAAGAUGACUUUGACAUUAACACGCGGCUCCACACAAUUGUGAGGGGGGAGGACGAAGCAGCCAUGGUCGAGUCCGUAGGCCUGGCUCUGGUGAAGCUGCCGGACGUCCUUAACCGCCUGAAGCCAGAUAUCAUGAUUGUUCACGGGGACAGGUUUGACGCCCUGGCCUUGGCUACCUCUGCCGCGCUGAUGAACAUCCGCAUCCUUCACAUUGAAGGCGGAGAAGUCAGCGGGACCAUUGAUGACUCCAUCAGACAUGCCAUAACGAAGCUGGCGCAUUACCACGUGUGCUGCACCCGCAGUGCAGAGCAGCACCUGAUAAGCAUGUGUGAGGACCACGAUCGCAUCCUGUUGGCAGGCUGCCCUUCCUACGACAAACUUCUCUCAGCGAAGAACAAAGACUACAUGAGUAUCAUUCGGAUGUGGUUAGGUGAUGAUGUAAAAUGUAAAGAUUACAUUGUUGCGCUGCAGCACCCUGUGACCACUGACAUUAAGCAUUCCAUAAAAAUGUUUGAGUUAACGCUGGAUGCACUUAUCUCAUUUAACAAGCGGACCCUUGUUCUGUUUCCAAAUAUUGAUGCAGGGAGCAAAGAGAUGGUUCGAGUGAUGCGGAAGAAGGGUAUUGAGCAUCACCCCAAUUUUCGUGCAGUUAAACAUGUACCAUUUGAUCAGUUUAUACAGCUGGUUGCCCAUGCCGGUUGUAUGAUUGGUAAUAGCAGUUGCGGGGUACGAGAGGUUGGCGCUUUUGGAACCCCUGUGAUCAAUCUGGGCACUCGUCAGAUUGGAAGAGAAACAGGGGAGAAUGUCCUUCACGUCCGAGAUGCUGACACGCAGGACAAAAUACUGCAAGCGCUGAACCUGCAGUUCGGUAAACAGUACCCUUGUUCAAAGAUAUAUGGGGAUGGAAAUGCUGUUCCAAGGAUUUUGAAGUUUCUCAAAUCUAUUGAUCUUCAAGAGCCACUACAAAAGAAAUUCUGCUUUCCUCCUGUGAAGGAGAAUAUCUCCCAAGACAUCGACCACAUUCUUGAAACUCUGAGUGCCUUGGCUGUUGAUCUUGGAGGGACAAACCUCCGAGUUGCAAUAGUCAGCAUGAAGGGUGAAAUAGUUAAGAAGUAUACUCAGUUCAAUCCGAAAACUUAUGAAGAGAGGAUUAAUUUAAUCCUACAGAUGUGUGUGGAAGCUGCAGCAGAGGCUGUGAAAUUGAACUGCAGAAUUUUGGGAGUAGGCAUUUCCACAGGUGGCCGCGUUAACCCUCAGGAAGGGAUCGUCCUGCAUUCAACCAAACUCAUACAAGAAUGGAACUCUGUGGACCUCAGAACCCCUCUGUCUGACACUUUGCAUCUUCCCGUGUGGGUAGACAAUGAUGGCAACUGUGCCGCCAUGGCAGAGAGGAAAUUUGGUCAAGGAAAGGGACUGGAAAACUUCGUAACACUUAUCACUGGCACAGGAAUUGGUGGCGGAAUCAUCCAUCAGCACGAAUUGAUCCACGGAAGCUCCUUCUGUGCUGCAGAACUUGGCCACCUGGUGGUGUCUCUGGACGGGCCUGAUUGUUCCUGUGGGAGCCAUGGGUGCAUUGAAGCAUAUGCUUCUGGAAUGGCCUUGCAGAGGGAGGCAAAAAAGCUACAUGAUGAGGACCUGCUCUUGGUGGAAGGGAUGUCAGUGCCAAAAGACGAAGCUGUGAGUGCCCUUCAUCUCAUCCAAGCUGCAAAACUUGGCAAUGCGAAGGCCCAGAGCAUCUUAAGAACAGCUGGAACGGCUUUGGGUCUUGGGGUUGUCAACAUCCUGCAUACUAUGAACCCCUCACUUGUGAUCCUGUCUGGCGUCCUGGCCAGUCACUACAUCCACAUCGUCAAAGACGUCAUCCGCCAGCAGGCCUUGUCCUCGGUGCAGGAUGUGGACGUGGUGGUUUCAGAUCUGGUGGACCCCGCCCUGCUUGGUGCUGCCAGCAUGGUUCUGGACUACACAACGCGCAGGAUCCACUAGGCCUCACACAGUGAACUGGACAGAGACUCCAGAGCGCCUUAGUGGAACCAACUUCUCUAUUAGAUGGACAUGUCUUAAAAAGCAAAUUUGGUAUUUAACUGCAGGUGUUAUUGGCAGAGUGCUUUUGUUUUUGUGUCCUCCACAUUUGCCUUUUCCUGUACCCAACUUUUGUAGAUGCUGCUUUCUGAUGUUUUCCUCAUAGGAAUCAUUGUAGUGUUAAACCCUAUAAAUUCUAGCCACAACUUCCUGUGCCAGAAGGAGCCACAGCAGUAGACCAGAAGCCUCGGGACUCUGCCUGCCGAGGUACCACUGAGACCUGCAGGCCUGCUCUGGGAUGCGAGCUUCAUGAGUGUAUUCUGGUUAACAGUCCUUCCUUAAAGGCGCAGCCAUCAUCAGAGGGGGAAAAUCAGUCCGAAUAGAAGGAACUCUUAUCAGGAAAGACUUUUUAAACUUUUUUUUUAACCAGGGAUUGAACUCAGAACCUUGUGCUUGCCAGGCAGGCACUUAUGCUACUGA